AUGUCUGAAGAUACUUUAUUGGAAGAGGACAUUUGGGAGUACAAAUCCAUUCGGAAGCAAAAGCGUCAGAGACAUUCAGAGAGCAUCUCGACAUCUGUGCAGAAAGUGAGUGAUGGCAAGUGCAGGCCAAAAAGAAAGAGAAAUAGAACUAAAACAACCGUAGAAAAAAAUGAUGCACUUCAAAAAGCUGAGCAGAGAUCAAGGCCAAAUCAGGAUGUAGAUCAGUGUAAAGAUGACAGUAGCGUGCACUCCCAGGAAAGCGCGAGUAGCUUGACGGAACACAGCUCCCCAAAUGCGAAGCCCGUGUAUGAUGGAUACUGCCCGAGCUGCCAGAUGCCUUUCGCUUUGCUAUUGGUCCAGACACCUCGGUGGCAUGUUGCUGAAUGUUUGGAUACUCCAGGAUCCAUUGAAAAAGAGUGUCCUGAUGGUUUACUGUGCGCGUCCAGCAUACCAUCCCACUACAAGCGCUAUAGCCAUUUUCUCCUUGCGGCAAGCAGGGCAGGAGAUUACCUUGUAAACUCUUCAUCAAGCACUUUGGAGAGGAAGAUGACAUAUUCUACUGCGGCAAAGUCCAGCUGUUUCCCAAGUCACGUACAGGACAUUUCACAGAAUAAAAAUAAUGUAAAAGGCGCACAGUCAUCAUUUGGGACAUUGAUGGUACAGAGUUCACCGCAAACGAAGUCUCUAAAAGAAAACAGUGAAAGUACUUCCUCUUUUGCAGAUACUCAAAAGCCUCAACAGACUUGUCAGCUUACGCAGGACACAGAUAAUAGUUGUAGAUUUGAAUUUUAUGACUGUGCAUCAUCUCAAAGUGGAGCAGGAGAAGAGCUGUGUAGUCAGGAUACAAGUCAGCCAAGUCUACUACAGUCAAAAGCUGACUUCAGUGACUGUGAAAUUUCUUAUUCUCCACUAAGUACUUUUGAGGAAAGUGAAGAGGAAACUGAGGAAGAGGAGAAGAAAAUAAAAAUAUCACAGAGCAAAUUAUUCAAAGUUCAGAACUUAGAGGAUGAAAAAUCUAAUUCUGUGGUGUUUAGAACAUAUGAUGGACUUUUACAGGGGAAGCCUCAGUAUGAGGAUACCAAAAUGGGAAAUUCCAUAAUUAAAAAAACCUACAGUGAGGAAGUAAAUACAUUGACUCAUCUAGAUCACAGCAUAAAAACUGUUUCUCAGAGUCACAUGAACGGCAAGCUCUGUAAUUCAGCAUGUGUAGAUAAUCAGCAUCAGCAAGAGGCACUAGCCAGUGGAUCCUCUUUACCUUUUAAUUGCAAGGAGCUUGAAGAGCCAGAAUUUAUUUCCUCUGCUGCUAAAGCAGGUAGUGUAGUCUCAGAAGAUACUAGUGCUUGUGCUUUGGAUUCUUCGUAUGUGAGUUUUACUGAGACGUCAUCGCUGCUAGUCAGAGAAGGUGCUCGGUCUCUUCUGAUACAGAAAAGUAGUGUUUUGAGGGACCCAAGUAACAUUUUAACUAAUACUGAUAAAAUGGAUGUCAAUGAUGUUGGAAAAACAGUUCACCAGGGGAAUUUGCAGUCAGAAGUGGAGAAAGAAGGAAAUCUUAAUACAGCUGCUCUGUGCUUUCCCAGCCCCAUCUCUAAACCAGCAUCAUCUCUUUCUUUAGCAAGUAUGAAUGCCAAGUCCAGUUCUGCCAAAGAACUCAAACAAAUGGACAUUGGUGUUUUCUUUGGGUUAAAACCCAAAAUAAAAGAGGAAAGCAAGGGAGAGACUUGUUUGAGUGAGAGAAAGAAGGUAUCAGGUUUGGUAACUCCCAAUGAAAAGAGGCCUAGACAGCAAAAAAGGAAAGCUGAAAGCUCUGUGGAAGAUGCAGAAGUAGUUACAGAAAGUUCAAGUAAAAAUGGUGCCUCUGCAGAUGUAGCUUCUGGUAGCCAGCGAAGGUGGAGAAAAAAAUUUAAAGAAUUACCUACUACAGGUGAAGGAACAAGAAAAAAACACUGCCCUUUCUACAAGAAAAUACCAGGAACUGGUUUUACAGUUGAUGCCUUCCAGUAUGGAGAAAUUGAAGGCUGUACGGCUUAUUUCCUUACUCAUUUUCACUCUGAUCACUAUUGUGGGCUAACAAAAAACUUCAUGUUUCCAAUCUACUGUAAUAAGAUAACUGGCAACCUGGUGAAGAGCAAACUUCGGGUGAAAGAGCAGUUCAUCCACGUGCUGCCAAUGGACACAGAAUGCAUAGUGAAUGGGAUUAAAGUGGUGUUGCUCGAUGCCAAUCAUUGUCCAGGUGCAACAAUGAUCCUUUUCUACCUACCAAGUGGAACGGUUUUCCUGCACACAGGAGACUUCCGGGCAAAUCCUUCCAUGGAGCGCUACCCUGCAUUGGUUGGUCAGCCAGUCCACACCCUCUACCUUGAUACCACGUACUGUAGUCCUGAAUACACUUUUCCUUCUCAGCAAGAGGUUAUCCAGUUUGCUGUCAAUACUGCCUUUGAGACGGUGACUUUAAACCCGCGCACUCUAGUUGUCUGUGGCACCUAUUCCAUUGGAAAAGAGAAAGUCUUUUUAGCAAUUGCUGAAGUUCUGGGCUCAAAAGCAAGUAUGUCGCGUGACAAGUACAAAACACUGCAGUGCUUGGAGUCAGCAGCUGUUAACUCGCUCAUCAGUGUGGACUGGGAUGGUACUAUGGUUCAUGUUCUUCCCAUGAUGCAAAUUAAUUUUAAGGGCUUGCAAGAUCACUUGAAUAAGUUUUCUGAGAAUUUUGAUCAAAUUCUGGCUUUCAAACCUACUGGGUGGACCUACUCUGAUUCGUGCCUUUCUCUGGUGGAUAUCAAACCUCAGACAAGAGGAAAGAUCACCAUAUAUGGGAUUCCUUACAGUGAACACAGCAGUUACCUGGAAAUGAAGCGCUUUGUUCAGUGGUUGAAGCCACAGAAGAUCAUCCCCACCGUAAAUGUUGGUGACUGGCGAGCCAGAAGCUUGAUGGAGAAGCAUUUUAGAGACUGGAUGAUUGAGGGCAGUAGGCAUAAAUAAAUAUAAGGCAGAAUGUGUAUGUCAAAGGAGGGA